CUGGCCUCCUGGCUCCUGCCAAUCUGCAGCCGCCCUCCCCUCCCCUCCCCUCUCCUCCCUGCAGCGUGCGCCGUGCGCGUGCGGCAUGCAGCUGGCCACCAUACCACCGCAGAGAAACCGGAAGCUACUACCAGCCGCCGCAGAACCAUCACCGCAGCACCUGACCUGUCACCUGUGGCAGGCAACCAGCCCCUUUAUAUACCCUCCCACCUCUUUCGACUCUUUCCAUCACUCGCUCCAUUACCAGCUUGCCGAGCAGCAGCCGUUCCCACCGCACCCGCAGAAGCUUCUUCUGAUAAAGAUAAAGAAGCGAGAGAGAUAGAAGGAGAGGGAGAGAGAUGAGACCAGAGAGAGGAGGAGGUGGGGGAGGUGUGGCGGCGGAGCUAAUGGCGGGCGGCGGCGGCGGCGGCGCGCGGCCGGGCCUGUGGCGGACGCCGACGCCGUACCUCUUCCUGGGCUUCGCCUUCAUGAUGGGCCUCAUCGCGGUAGCGCUGCUCGUGCUCAUCUGCACGCGCCGCAAGUCCUCGCGGCGGCGCGGGUCGGGCGAGGGCCUCGGGAACCAGGCCGCGUCGUCCUCCGCCCGGGCGCUCGCGCCGCUCGACCGGGAGCCCAAGAUCGUCGUCAUCAUGGCUGGCGACGAUUUACCGUCCUUCCUCGCCAGCGCCAAGCCCCUCGCCCCCGCCCCGGCCACACGCGGCGGUGGCGCCGAGGCGCCCGCGCCUGAGGGCGGCGCCGCCGCGGACGUGUAGGCUCUCGCGGCUACGCCUGUGUGCGCGCGCGAAGCCGGGAACACCCGCGUGGCCAAGGGAGCGGCGACGCGGGGCCAAUUUUGUCGACGGAUUUUCCUUUGUUUUUUUUUUCUGGUUGAGGAUUUAUUUGGAGCUUGGUGGCGUCAGCCAUGAAAGCGCCCGGCCGCCGGCGGCUCUGAAAUCUGUAAAACGGUUUCAACGAAUUUCGGUUUGUUUCGGCAAGCCUUUGGUCUUCUGGAUGUACUCCGUAGCUUCAUUGCUUCAAGGAUUACGUACAGCUACUUGGCUGCGUUCACCUGGAACCCAUCGAUUUCUUUGGCUUGUUUUGCACGCAAUUUUCUUCUGCGUCGUCAUGCUUGUUCUCGUAACACCUAUCGAUCUUUGACCAUGGUUCCAUACUCUUGCUCCUGCACGGGCUCAAGAACCCGAGAUCAUCACAUUGAUGACAGCUGACGAGUCUCUCUCUUUCCCCGAGUCGAGCGCACUGACCACCCCCCUGCAAUGACUGUCAAGACUAGCAUCUGCGCAUCGGCCGUCACCGUCCAAAUCUUGGAAGAACAAAGUCCGCGACACCAACCAAAUCGAUGUCCCGGAAGAAAUCCGCAACUGAUGAACCCGCCACCAGCCCGGAACAAAGCCCCACGGAAGGGGGAUCCAGUUCCCCCUCAGACACAUCAAAGGGGAAAACAAACCUCCGACUUGCAGCACCAGGAACAUCGCCGGAGCUGCACCGGAAUAUAGACAUCCUCGCCGCCGAACGCGGGAAGCCGCCGCCGCCGAGGAACAAAAGGCCCCACGCGAGCUCGUCACCAUGGGGAAAACCUAACUACACCUAGAACUAAACUACCCUAGGCUAGUAUAGACAGCCGGCGGUCGAUUCCCCGCUCCCCUUCUUCUCCGGCGCCGGAGAGGUCACCGGAGAAGAGGGGAGCCGCCGGAAUCAACCCCGGAUCGGGUUUCACCUCUCCUGUCGCCCCUCUCGACUGUAGCUUGCACAUAGGAGUAGUUUCCUCUUGUACUUGGCUAUAGAAUCAGCUUUGUAUGAAAGUACUAAUAAAUACAAA